CCGUUCGCCACGCCCCGCACUUCCUGCUCAGACCACCGACAAGUUCACUCAGAAGUCCCAUCUUCUGCAUCCUAGCUCCGCAUACUAGACGACGGCAAGCAGAUCAUUCAACAUGCGCUCAGUCACACUCUCGCCAACGGGCCAGCUAGCUAUCUCAUCCACCAACACAUCCGACGAAAAACCGUCAGUCACCGCCAACGUCCUCAAGCCAAACCACGUCCUGGUGCGCGUCCGCGCUUUCGCAAUCAACCGCGCUGACCUACUAGUAGGCCCGUCGUCAAGCGAUGCGUCUACGGAAAGAGUGCCUGGGGUAGAAUGUGUGGGGACUGUGGAGGACGCGGGAAGCAAUCCGACCGUGAAAGGAUUGAGGGUUGGGGCCACUGUCGCGUGUUUCAGCCUGUCAGAGAAUGCAGCUGGCGCUGGAGGUGGGCUGUGGAAAGACUACGUGAUGGUACCGACUAAGAACGUGUUUCCAUUACGAGUAGCACCCGCCGCACCAGGAAUGCCACUUGAUGCGGGGAUUUGGAGCAAACUCGCAGCCGUCCCUCUGACAUUCAUCACCGCAUUCGGAAUCGUAGACGCCUUGGACUUAAGAAGCGGGGAUCGGCUUCUGAUUAGAGGAGCAACUUCUUCGAUAGGCAUGGCGGUAGCGACAAUAGCAAAGUCCAUCGGCGCCAUAAUAGCAUCCACAACGCGCGAUCCAACGAAGGCACCUAGUCUAUCGAACAACGGAGCCGACUUUGUGAUACUAGACAGAGAAGGAGGCAUCUCCAAUGAUGUCCGGAUGAUGUUUCCUUCGAGAAGAUUAGCAGCAUCGCGCGACAAUCUCAACACAAUGUUAAACGAUACGGCGACGUCGAUAGACACAGCUGGUGCAGACAAAGCAGUCGACUUGGUCGGAAUCACGACGCUGAAGGAUACAAUCAGCGCGUUGAGGGCCCCGGGAGGCAUCUGCUGUUUGGCGGGGACGCUUGGACAACCAAGUGGUGCAGAUCAAAGCCCUGCGACCCUCGAUCCGACGCGUUUGUUACCAUCGGGAGUCUAUCUCACCACAUUCGACGUCAACCAGCUGGACCUCUCGAGAGUGCCGUUGCAAGACAUAGUGGACCGGGCUCUUCAGAAGGAGGAGUUUAGAUUGAACCUCGACAGGACCUUCCUGAUGGAUCAAGUAGGGAAAGCGGGGGAAUACAUCGCGUCUGGGAAGGCAUCGGGGAAGGUGGUGGUGGUGGUUAACGACGAAAUCCAGUGAGGGGUGGGGAAUCUGGAGGAUGCGGAAAAGCGGAUGGCUGGAUGAUGUGAAUGUAAAUACGUUACGUGGGAUAGACCCUGUCGUAGACCAUUUUGAGAUGUGGAAGCCAUUAUACACGUUCUAUGCGGGCAAGCCC